GGGAGGGAGGGGACGGGGGGGAAACGAGAGCAGUAGUUUGGGGAUCAGGUGCAAGCACUGGGAAACACUCCCCGGCUAUUCAGGCCACCGCCACUGAAGACUCUUGUCGGGACUGGGAAAGUUUGAGUCAGAUUAUCCCAGUCACUCUGGGAUGGAGGACAAAGCCGUGGAGAUAUUGGAGGGUGAACUUGGGGUGCAACUGAAAGACGAACCACCCCCCAAACCAGCCAGGCUCCGGAAGGCAGAUGCACAGUCACCAAAGAAAAAGAAAGAGGGAGCCCCAACAAGCCCCCGGCAAGUCUCAAAGAAAGCCCCAAAGGAAAGAGCAAGGCCCACAUCCAACCAAAAGUCAAGUAAUGAUGACAACCCAUUGGAAUGGAUUACUCUGAAUCGUUGUCUUGUAUUGGCUGUCCUCACAAUUCUGAUCAGUACUGGAGUCAACAGUCUGAAUGAAACCUUGGAGGAAUACUGGGAAAGGCAGGAUGUCGAGCUGUCUGCAGAGGAACUGGCUUUGGGGCAGAGUGAUGUAACCGAAGGCAGCGCACUAGAGGAGACUGAGAGCUCACUGUGGAGCAGUCUGUUCUCGUGGAGGCGAGCAGAAUAUGAUUAUGAUUGUGAAACAGACGAGUACUGCGAUGGCUACGACGCUUAUGAUGAUGAUGAUGAUGAUGAUGACGAUGGCACUGUCAACGGUGAUGAUGAUGAUGGCGAUGAUGAUGAUGAUGCUGUCGAUGAUGACGCUGUCGACGACGAUGAUGACGACAAUGAUGUGGAUAAUGAUGCAGAUGACGAAGACGACGAUGAUGAUGAGGAUGAUGAUGAUGAAGAAGAUGAUGACGACGAUGAUGAUGAUGAUGGCGUCAAUGAUGCCGAUGACGAUGAGGAUGAUGAGGAUGAUGAGGAUGAGGACGACGAUGAAGAUGACGAUGACGAUGAUGAGGAUGAUGACAAUGAAGAUGAGGAUGAUGACGAUGAUGAGGAUGAUGACGACGAUGAGGACGACGAUGAAGAUGACGAUGAUGAGGAUGAUGACGAUGACGACGAUGACGACGAUGACGACGAUGAUGACGAUGAGGAUGACGAUGAAGAUGACGACGACGAUGAUGAGGAUGAUGACGAUGAAGAUGACGAUGACGAUGACGAUGAUGAAGAUGAUGACGACGACGACGAUGACGAUGACAGCGGCCCUGGAGGAAAAUCGAGAACAAAACCGACUCCAAAGAGAGGGUUGCUGAGGGAAUGAGAGGGGAAGGAGCACACAGUAAAACCCAGGAAACGACACUCAAGGGAACCAGAGGAAGAACAGUGCUCGUCCGUCCCUCCUCUCCAAGAUCUGAGCACAGUGCUUCAUUCUCUAAUGACCAACAGUUCACCUGGAGACGAGAGCUUCUUCUGCUGAUGAAAGCCUUGUCUUCUGUCCCAGACACCGAAGGUCAAUGUCUCUGGAGUAUCUCUUCCUGUGCAGUUUGCUGUCCAAAUGUCUCCAGGAGGGAACUGGUCCCCUGGAAUAAUCCUUCACUUCCAAUUAAUAUGUCAGCCAUUACUUCUUUGGGCUCAAUUCUCUCCAAUAUGGUGGGAGGACAUUAAUCCUGAAAAUUUGAUAUUCACGUAAGUGAACCGUUUACCUGUUAGUACUGAUAUGGUUCAUUCAUAGCUCAUUAGCUCAUAGAGGGAGUAGUUAAAAGUAUAGUGUCAUUUCCAGGACACCAGAAACAACAUCCACAAUUUACAAGUUACAGACUGAAAAUAUGUUGGAUUACACUUUCAGUGGCAGAUAAGGUUCAUAAGUGUGUCACAUGAAAAUGCUGUAUCUAUAUUAAAUUAUUUAUUUACA